UCUUCCCUCACUCCGCUUCCGAGGCUCUUGGAGGGAGGACGGAUAAACGCCGCUGACGGUACCGGAUUUGAUACCCAAAGGAGGGAGGGAUGUUACGGUGAUUUCCCUCUUUUCUCUCCCGACACUCACCUCCUCAAAACCAACACCAACAACACUCCUCUUCAUCACUUCAAUCUCGGAACCUUAUCAAGACGCACUACUGCUCUAUCUUUUUUUUUUUUUUUUUUACCCUCUCUUUUUUCUACUCAUCUUUGAACCCGCUUGGCCGGUUGGGUAUUUCUGCCUCUGCGCUCCAGCGGAUAAAAACAGGAGAGAGAACAUUUUGGGUUUGAGGAGAACCGACUUGGCUCUGCUUUGGUUUUAUUUUUUAACCCUCCUCUUCUCCAAGCGCACACAAACAGAAAAACUGGGUUUUCAAUCAGUGGAUGUGUUGGACAUCUGUUAAAAGAAGCAAUACUAGUUGAGAGAAGUGCUCGUUCUCUGCUGGCUUAUGUAUUGGGGAAAUUUCCUUGGAGAGACGGGCUGCGCACGGAGUCUCUCACUUCCAAGGCAGAUCUGUGUCGCCGUGCAGAGGAGAAAACCCUCAACGUAUCCGACACCAGUAAUGAGCUAAAGGCUUUGUGAUUAGCAGAGAGAGGGAGCGAACAAACUGUGACAGAAGAAGAAGAACGAGGAGAAAAAAGGCAGUAACGUGAUAGUUGGUGAUGAAUAUUCGCACCAACAGGCCCCAUCUCAGCUAAUGAACUAGGAAGUUCAUCAACAACAUUUCGUUAGCAAAAACAGGAUAUCACCUCAGUGGGAGCGGAGCUCCACUGAGAGGAACAAGAAAGUAGUGGGCGGAGUUAAGUCCACGGUUGCUCAGGUUGGGCAAUAUGGCGAUGCUGAAGCGGCAAGGCUUUGGGCUGAUGAGGGUCUUUCUGGUGCUGGUUGGAGUUUCUGCGCUCUGUAGCGUUGCAUUAGGAACCCGGAAAGGAAAUGCUUCUUUGGAUCAAAGGGGCCACAGACACAGACAUCCAGGUCACUUGUCGCUGCAUAAACACAGACAGAGGGGAGGGAAGGAAGGGCAGGUACUCCACAGGUCCAAACGAGGAUGGGUCUGGAAUCAGUUCUUCGUCAUUGAGGAGUACACUGGACCUGACCCAGUGCUGGUGGGCAGGCUCCACUCAGACGUAGACUCAGGCAAUGGCAACAUCAAGUAUAUCCUGUCCGGUGAAGGUGCGGGAACAAUCUUUGUUAUCGAUGACAAGACCGGCAACAUCCACGCCACAAAAACCCUGGAUCGCGAGGAGCAGGCCCAGUACACUUUAACAGCCCAGGCCGUGGACAGGGACACUAAUAAGCCUCUGGAGCCUCCAUCAGAGUUCAUAGUGAAAGUUCAGGACAUCAACGAUAAUCCUCCUGAGUUUCUACAUGGGCCGUACUAUGCCAGGGUGCCUGAGAUGUCCAAUGUUGGUACGUCCGUGAUGCAGGUGACAGCUACAGAUGCUGAUGACCCCACCUACGGGAACAGUGCCAGGCUGGUGUACAGCAUACUGCAAGGACAGCCGUAUUUCUCUGUGGAGCCUCAGACAGGUAUAAUUCGUACCGCCUUGCCAAACAUGGACCGUGAGGCCCGCCAGGAGUAUGAUGUCGUCAUCCAGGCUAAAGACAUGGGUGGUCACAUGGGUGGGCUGUCAGGGACCACAGAGGUUAAAAUCACCCUCACAGAUGUCAACGACAACCCUCCAAAGUUCCCACAGAGUGUAUACUCCAUGUCUGUAUCUGAGGAUAAAGUGCCAGGAGAGGAGGUGGGCCGUCUUAAAGCCAAAGACCCAGACCUCGGAGACAACGGACUGGUGAACUACCGCCUAAUAGACGGAGAUGGAUUGAGCAUGUUUGAACUGAGCACUGACUCCGAGACCAGAGAGGCUGUUAUUAAACUGAAGAAGUCAGUGGACUUUGAGACAAAACGGUCGUAUACUUUGAAGGUGGAGGGAUCCAACCCUCAUGUUGACCCUCAAUUCCUCGCUUGGGGGCCUUAUAAGGACGAAGCCACUAUAAAGAUAUCAGUGGAGGAUGCAGAUGAACCCCCUGUGUUUGUAGCUCCCAGUUACACUUUUGAGGUAGAGGAGAAUGCGCCUGAAGGCACCCUGGUGGGACGUGUCCACGCCAAGGACACUGAUGUUGCCAACAAUCCUGUCAGGUACAUGAUCCCUCGGUAUACAGAUGUAGAGCAGUUCUUCAGCGUAAACUCAGAAGACGGCAUGAUUACCACGACAAGACCGCUGGACAGAGAAGCACAGGCCUGGCAUAAUAUAUCUGUGUCAGCCACAGAGAUAGGAGGCCACCACCAAGACACCAAAGUGCGUGUAAACAUCAAAGUGAAAGAUGUGAAUGACAACUCCCCAGAGUUUGCUACCAACAACGAAGUCCUCAUGUGUGAAACUGUUGCCCCAGGGAAGGUUAUUGAAACAGUAAGUGCCGUGGACAAAGACGAGAUGGCUCACAGACAACACUUCACAUUCAGCCUCGCUCCGGAAGUCGCCCACAACCACAACUUCUCCCUCAAAGACAACAGAGACAGCACAGCCAGUAUCUUUGUGCUCCGUAAAGGAUUCAGCCGUCUUACCCAGGAUGUUUACAACCUUCCCAUCGAGAUAAAUGACAACGGUUUCCCCGCUAUGAGCAGCACCAACACCCUGACCAUCAGAGUGUGCUCCUGUGACAGCAAAAACACCAUCCUCUCCUGUAAUGUGGAGCCCUACGUCCUACCCGCUGGUCUCAGCACCGGGGCGCUGAUAGCUAUACUGGCCUGUAUUGUCAUUCUGCUGGCAAUAGUGGUGUUGUUUGUCGCACUGAGGCGUCAGAAGAAGGAGCCAUUGAUAGUGUUUGAAGAGGAGGACAUCAGGGAGAAUAUUAUCACGUAUGAUGACGAGGGAGGUGGCGAGGAGGACACUGAGGCUUUCGACAUCGCUACACUGCAGAACCCAGACGGUGCCAACGGUUUCCUGCCAAGGAAGGACAUCAAACCAGAGCUUCAGUAUCCCAUCAGGCCCGGCAGUGGCCGUCCUGCGGCCAACAGCGUCGAUGUUGAUGACUUCAUUAAGACUCGAAUUGCAGAGGCUGACAGCGACCCAACUGCACCUCCUUACGACUCUAUUCAGAUCUACGGAUACGAAGGCAGAGGAUCAUUGGCUGGGUCAUUGAGUUCCCUCGAGUCUGUCACAACAGAGUCUGACUUGGAUUAUGACUAUCUGCAGAGUUGGGGGCCGAGGUUUAAGAAGCUGGCAGAUUUGUACGGGACCAAAGACUGCUCCAUUAAUGAUGGGGAUGAUGGUGAAGACUCUUAACAGUGGUCUCACUGAGUGGACGCCCCCGAUUUCUGAUUUAUUGAUUCCAUGAGGAUUUGUUAACUGAGGGUUAACACUCCCCAAUACCCAAUUGUUACCAACUACCACCUGAUCAGUUCAUGCCAAUUUGUCAACAGACGUUAACAGCUCUCCCUCCCAUGGCGCCUCCCUGGUCCUCCAAGAUGAUUUGUUAAUGAACACAUAAAGAACACUUGGACUCAAACGGCUCCCAGUUUUUCCCAAAUUCCCCCCCCCCCCAAUGUCUCUUUCCCAGCUCUCUUUCUACAGACUUGAGCAUUGCAGGGCUGGGAGAUUUAUGUCACCAGUUUGUUGGUUUGAAAGUAAAUCAUUGGGAUAAAAAAUGUUGCUGUAUGAUCAAAAUGACUUGCUUAUAGCUAACUGUUUAGUUUAUUAGAGGUUCUAUAUACUUUUGUGGACUGGAUUCACGUACUCCCUCAAUGGUUCCUGAGAGAAAUGUCAUUCCCUUCACAGGUUCCUGAGCGGGGUAUAUUUCCCUUAGUUGCUCUCUUUGUGGUGUAUGUAGAGGACACGCAUAAAGAGAGGCAGAGAGAGAUACAAGCAAAUGUUAGUAUGGGAUUCAGCUACAGCCUGGUGUUAAGAAAGAGAAAUAAACGGUAAUGAAGACGUGUCAGUAGGAUCAAAAACAGUUGAAACAAAACGCUUUGUCAAAUUUGCUGUUGUGUGUGUAAAAUUCAGCAGGUACUGUGGUUUAGAUAGCGUGACAGACUCUGGGUUGUUGAUACUUUGAAGACGCUCACAGCAUCUUCACAGUAUGGUGGCCUUAUAAUAAAUAAACAACAACUCCAGGGGAUACUCAACAAGUGUAACGAUAGAGACCGCUAGCUUCAGUAGCUACACACAGACAACUGAACACAAGAGGACUGAGUAUCUGUGAAAAUGCUACACAAAUACCUUCUUUUUUUUUUUUUCUCCCAAAAAGAGACAGACUCAAAAUGGAUUCACUUUAAAAACUGUGGAUGAUUCUUUGUUUUCAUUCUUCACUGCAGAGGAGACGUGAAAAGAAAAGCUGCCCUUCUCCCCGCCCCAGCCCCAACCACGCCCAUGUGUCCCCAUUCCUCUCAUCAACAAUCACUUCCCAUACCGAGUCCACCAAUGAAUGAUCACUUCCUCAUUCAGAGUCCACCAAUGAUGAUCAAUCACAAUGAGUAAAAACCUGUGAGCUCUAAAAAUCGCCUUAAACUUAAUGGACACUCUUGCAACGCAGUGCAUUCUCUUUUUUUCUCCUUCGUUUCUUUUUGUAACUUGAAAAGUAUAUUCAGAAAGCAAACUAUUCUCCAUGUUAGGUAUGUACAGAACAAUGUGCAAACAUGUGAUAUAUCACUUUUGAGGAUCCAACUUGCGCCUCGUGCACUCCUAAAACAGAAUGUGCUGUUUCUGCCCGCACGGUAAAUGUAGACCGGGAAAAUGUGCGUUGUGUUUUUUCCCAACACCAGCUAUGUUGGCAGCAACAUCUGUUGUAUCAACAUGUGUUGCUAUUUAAACAUAAAAUGUGCACAUUGGAAAAUAACACAAGGUGUGUUUUCUGAGCCACAUAUACAGAGAGGCUGGAACCAGAACAUCUUGUUUAAGUGUGUCGAUUCUUGUUCAAUCUCUUUUUUAAUGUUAUUAUAUUAUUAUGAUUAUUAUUGUUGUUUUUUAUUACUAUUAUUAUUAUUAUUAUUAUCAUUCUGACAAUAAUUGUUAUUUCUUUGGCUGCAGCUACACAGGAACAAAUUCGUGUUUAACUAUUUGCAGCUCAGAUUUGAUGUUCUUAUGGCUGUCUAAACACAUCUUUGGAAAGCUAUAAGAAACAAACUGCCAAAAGUUAAAUAUCAGCUUUGGUUUAUGCCUGUGUGAACACAACCUCUUUUAAUUCUUUUGGUUUUGUUUCUUUUCUUUUUUAAUUAUUUGGCGUUUCUUCGUUCUUUCUCCCUGUUCAAGAGGAAAACUAGCAAUCUGUGUUUGUUGCAGUGAGAGAACGCCUCGUUUUUAUUCUCUGUCAAGUUUUAUGGUACCGAUUUGUACAAUUUUAAAAGUUCUUAUUUUAGUAUACAUGCAGAAUAUUCCAGUAUUACAACAAAAACAUGUUAAGAAGAUAAGAUUAAAAAAAUGUUACAGCAUCACACUUAUAUUUUCUGAACAUUGUACUGUUGCUUUACUAUGUGCUUCAAUCUCCGAAGCGAAAAAAAACUUUGAAAUAAAUGCUCUUUUUAUAAAAUGA